UAAGAGAGCAGUAGGAGAGAUCUGCAAUAGAUAAACACUUGCACACGCACCAGCUGGCGCGCUUGCAGACACGCACAGCACGCAUCUAAGAACACAGUCCAGAAUUGCUGCGUUCUUGUGUUUUUUUUAUGGUUCUUUUGUCAUCUGUCAUUUCAGUGGAAAACGGCCACUGACAGAGGGAGAGAUAGAGAGACACACAGAGAGAAGCAGGUGCGCCCUUUAAGAGGAAAGAAGCAUCUGAGGCAAGGACAGCAUCCCAGUCUCCAUUCUCUGUGGAGUUUUUCCAAGGCUGUGGAAUUUAGAGGGGUGUAAAAAGGAACAGACGUCACACAAAGCUCUUCAUUUUUUUGUGCUCUUGCUCAUUUCACCUGGAGGUAGGCUGCAAUGGUUGGCACUAAUCAAAGGCCUAAACCUGUCUGAGAGAGCCCUAUGAACAGCCGAUCCAAUGGACAUCAAAGGCCAGUGUUGGACCGACGAGGAGUCAGAUGGGGAGAACGAAUCUGAACAGUUCCUUUAUGGAAUCCAGUGCUGCUUGUUGCAGGGGAGCUGUGCUGCUGACCUGUACCGCCACCCUCAACUAGAUGCAGAUAUUGAAGCUGUGAAAGACAUCUACACCGACAGUGCCAUCUCUGUCAGGGAGUACGGAACCAUUGACGAUGUGGACAUCGAUCUUCAUAUUAACAUCGGCUUCUUAGAUGAGGAGGUUGCAACAGCCUGGAAAGUUAUAAGAACAGAGCCCAUUAUUCUGAGACUGCGCUUUUCUCUUUCUCAGUACCUUGAUGGACCCGAGCCGUCAGUAGAUGUAUUUCAGCCUUCGAAUAAAGAAGGCUUCAGUCUGGGUCUGCAACUCAAAAAGAUCCUGAGCACAUUCACCUCACAGCAGUGGAAGCACCUCAGCAAUGAGUUCCUCAAGGCCCAACAGGAAAAGAGGCACAGCUGGUUCAAAGCUGGAGGGACCAUUAAGAAAUUCCGUGCUGGGCUCAGCAUUUUCUCCCCAAUUCCCAAGUCUCCAAGUUUCCCUCUGAUCCAAGACACAGUUCUAAAAGGAAAGCUGAGUGUCCCAGAGCUGAGAGUGACCCGCCUGAUGAACCGCUCUAUCUCCUGUACAAUGAAGAACCCUAAAGGGGAACUCUUUAGCUAUCCACCAAACAGCCAGACUGUAGCUGUCCCGGCGGCCAGGGCCCCAGCGCAGAUUACCACGAGGCAGCUGAUUGAAUUGUUUUUUUCAUCCCAGGCGGGCGGCCACUGCAAGAACAUCCCUACUUUGGAGUAUGGCUUCUUAGUGCAGAUAAUGAAGUACUCAGAGCAAAGGAUCCCCACUCUUAAUGAGUACUGCGUGGUUUGUGACGAACAGCAUGUCUUUCAGAAUGGGUCAAUGCUGAAGCCUGCUGUGUGUACCAGAGAGUUGUGUGUGUUCUCCUUCUACACUCUGGGUGUGAUGUCUGGUGCUGCAGAAGAAGUGGCAACAGGAGCAGAGGUUGUGGACCUGCUUGUGGCUAUGUGUAGAGCUGCACUUGAGUCCCCACGCAAGAGCAUUAUUUUUGAGCCCUACCCAUCAGUUGUGGAUCCAAAUGAUCCCAAAACUCUUGCAUUCAACCCAAAGAAGAAGAAUUAUGAAAGACUGCAGAAGGCACUGGACAGUGUCAUGUCCAUUCGUGAAAUGACCCAGGGUUCAUAUCUGGAGAUCAAGAAACAGAUGGACAAGCUGGACCCUUUGGCCCACCCACUGUUGCAAUGGAUCAUCUCCAGUAAUAGGUCCCAUAUUGUCAAGCUGCCUCUCAGCAGGCAACUGAAAUUCAUGCACACGUCCCACCAGUUCCUUUUGCUCAGCAGUCCCCCAGCCAAGGAGGCUCGCUUUCGCACCGCCAAGAAGCUCUAUGGCAGCACUUUUGCCUUUCAUGGAUCCCAUAUAGAGAAUUGGCACUCUGUUCUUAGAAAUGGACUGGUCAACGCCUCUUACACCAAGCUGCAGCUGCACGGCGCAGCGUAUGGAAAGGGCAUCUAUCUGAGCCCCAUCUCCAGUAUAUCUUUUGGAUACUCAGGAAUGGGGAAAGGACAACAUCGCAUGCCCACCAAAGAUGAGCUGGUACAGCGUUACAACCGUAUGAACACUAUUCCGCAGAGCCGCCCAAUACAAUCAAGGUUUCUGCAAAGUCGAAACUUGAACUGCAUUGCUCUUUGUGAAGUGAUCACAUCUAAAGAUCUCCAGAAACAUGGCAACAUAUGGGUGUGUCCCGUCUCCGACCAUGUCUGUACCCGCUUCUUUUUUGUGUAUGAGGAUGGCCAAGUAGGAGACGCCAACAUCAACACUCAGGAGCCUAAGGUGCAGAAGGAGAUCAUGCGUGUGAUUGGGACCCAAAUCUACUCAAGCUAAUGGAGGGUCUGCAGCAGAUCUAUCCCUGUCUCAGCAGGGGGGAAGCAGACAAGACAGACUAUUGAAGCAAACGUUUUGAGUGAGCUGUCCUCAGGCCAGACACUGAGGGAUGAAAAGUUCCUGAGCACAUCAUUACCAACAUGCUUUAACUCUAGUGUUCUUGUUUUGUCCUCUUUCUCUUGUGUUUCACCUUCUCCACAUUGUUACGACUUACAUGUUCACCUGACCCUCAGUUCACCUGACCUGGUAUGAAACAGCUUUCCCCCGGUUUUUACACAAAUGCACACAUUUUUCUGGGACUGCCGAGGCUAUAUUCUUGUUGGUGUGUGUUUACUUUAACUGAUUCAGUUUUUUAUUCUUCUUUGUGAAUAUGUAGUAAAACAAAUAUUCAUUCCAAAUGA